GGGAGGGACUCAGCCAGAUAACUCUUGAGUGUGCCUCUUACAGAGCUACAGGCUACACGUCGAUAGCCCCGUUAAAUGCUAAAUACUGCGUGCUUUGCCUAGUUCUUGUGUUUUAUGGUAGAUCUAAAGGGGCUUUUCUUUCACUGAGGUCCGUGAGCGAGCGGUUUGGCCUGGUCCCGCCUGCGCACGCGGAGUAAAAAGCCCUACAGCGCAGGCUAAUGGCAUGACGGGCUUAUUACUACUAGCUGCUGUAAAGUCAAGUUGGCCGUGAACUUUGCCAUGUCCACGUCUUCAUUGCUUUCUCUAAGAAGCGGCACGGCUGUGCUUCGCUUAUUCGGAGCGAGACGAGGAGGAAAAGGGGCACUUUCGUGCGGACUUUCUGUGCCUGCUCGGCACUACAUCAUAGACAUGUCCUACUCCGCGCACUUCAUGGAUUACCGAGGGACCUCUAUACCCGGCUCUAUGAAAAAGCUAGUAGUUACCAAGCUUAGUCCACAUUUCCGAGAGGCUGUUUCCGUACAAACCGUGGCCGUGCCGACACCAGGAAACGAGGAGCUGCUCGUUAGAAAUCGUUUUGUGGGAAUCAACGCCUCUGACAUAAAUUACUCUGCUGGACGCUAUGACCCCACAGUGAAACCUCCUUUUGAUGCUGGUUUUGAAGGAAUCGGCGAGGUCGUUGGCCUUGGCCUCAGAGCCAGCUCAGAGUACACCAUCGGGGACACUGUGGCCUACUUCCGCAACGGGGCAUUUGCCGAGUACACAGUAGUGCCAGCCAAGGAGAGUGUACGCAUCCCCUUAGUCAAACCUGAGUUCCUCACUUUGCUGGUCAGUGGAGCUACUGCUUAUAUUGCACUGAAACGUCUGGGAGAUCUGACCAAAGGUGAGACUGUGUUGGUCACAGCAGCUGCAGGAGGAACUGGACAGUUUGCAGUGCAGUUUGCCAAGCAGGCCGGGUGCCAUGUUAUCGGGACUUGUUCCUCUAAUGAGAAAGCUGGCUUCCUCAAAUCCAUUGGUUGUGACAGACCAAUCAACUACAAAGUGGAAAACCUGAGCGAGACGCUGAGGAAAGAGUACCCAAAAGGCAUAGAUGUGGUGUAUGAAUCUGUCGGUGGCAGUACAUUAGAGCUGGCGGUGAAUUGUUUGGCUAAAAAGGGGAGACUCAUAGUUAUUGGCUUCAUCUCAGGGUACCAGUCUGCUUCAGGGAUCCCAGCCUUUAAAGGAGCCACGCUGCCGGUCAAGCUGCUGCAGAAGUCGGCUAGCAUGCGUGGUUUCUUCCUGCCUCAUUUCUUAAGCGACUAUGGAGAGGCGCUGGCUAAAAUGAUGCAGCUGAUGGCCAAAGGGAAGCUGGUGUGUGAGGUGGACUGUGGGGAUUUGGUAGAGGAGGGGAGGUUCUCAGGUCUGGAGUCAGUGUUUCGAGCUGUGGACUACAUGUAUGCUGGGAAAAACCUGGGCAAGGUGGUGGUGGAGGUAGCACCUGCCGCGCAGAGCACUAGUAAACUGUGAUUUAUUACACUGCUGCACAAAUCAUACAUGAAGGAAAUUGAUUGAGAAACUGACAUAUUACUAUAGAAAUUAUAGCCUAACAUUUCAACAACUCGCCUUAAAUGUAACAGUUAAAGACCAGUUACAAGUCAAUUCAUUAGUUCAAUUGUAGGAAUUAAAUCCAUAAAAUAAAAUAAGCUCUAAACAUAAAUGUUUUAUACAUUUAUACAAUUUGUUUGAUUAUAAUCAUGUGUUAAUUCAGUACACAAACUUUUAGUCUUGAAAUGUUGAUUCAUUGCAAUUUGCAUAUUCAUGUUUUAUGAAUAUACUGUGAGUUACUCUGAAGUGCUGCAAUCCUGGGUCACCCUUUGGAACUAGAAUUUAUUUUUGUAGGUGAUUAAUACAAUAUACUUUUACAUAAAUAAACACUACAAAUAAUUUCAUAUUCUUUGCUUUCCAUAUUUUGUUCAGUAAGUCUUAAUAUCCCCUUUCACUGUGGUUGUAACCUACUCAGAGCCCUAUAAAUAUUCAGAUUACUGUCAGAAGCAGUAGCCACUGUAAUUUCUGCUAAAAUAUUUCUGGCCCACCUACACAUCUAAAAGUAUUUGAGACCCGCUGCCACUACAUGCUUGCUUUUAGCACUCUCCAGCACUUUAUCUCCCAUAAAUAUUUGAUGAUAUACUUCAUUGUUUUUCUAAUAGGGGCUUACAUUGGUAUGUGCUUGUCAAAAGUGAAUUCAGUGGCUGCAGGUGUGCUUGGUAUUUCAUUGCCUGUUUGUGGCUGACAGAAACGGCAUUCACACAAUCAAUCUUUUUAUCCGUAUGCCCCGGAGCCGCACAUAAUAUAAAAAAAUUAAGUUCGGCUAAAGAGAAGUUGGACUGGAAAAUGCCAUUACUUCUCUCCACACCACAAGUACAGAAAAAACACUUAUAGUGAAUGUAGUACGGAAUGGCCUCUGACAUCUUGCAUUUUCAUUAUUUGUAUGAGAUCUGGCUUCAAAAGCCUGCAAUGAAAUAUCCCUUAGGAAUUUAUAUUUCUGCUUAACAUAUAUUUGUUUUAUUUGAUGAUACACUAUUAACCAACACUUUUUUUUAAUGACAAUUCUUUUAGAAAAUAUAUGUAGACUAAAAUUAUAAAUUUCCAUAUAUUGUGACCUUUUGAAUGGCAUUUACAGACAUCUUUUAAAAAUAGCAAACUUUCAGAAAUUAUUUGAAUUUUACGUUCCCAAAAAAUCGGGAAUUGUGUGGACAUGUUAUUUGUACAUAUUUAAUUCAAUUCCAACAGUAACACUUGCUAACACUGAAGGCUGUACUGUAAGCUUAGUGUGUGUUGUCUAAGAGAAACACCUGUUCAUACCUGGCAGGGAGGGCUGUAUGCUCCAUGCACUGUGAACAUGUUAUUUCCUCAUCCAGGUGGCCACUCAAAAUAUAACCCAGUGUGAAAUGCAUUACAGGUGUGACCCCAGCAUGCAAAGCUGCUCCCUUCUCCAGACGGUGCAGGAAAUCAGGAACACACCAGGUUAGGACUGCGUUAUAUCCACAACAAAUAGGUACCACACUCAGUUCAUGUAAUGCACUGGUCAUUGGGGUAAUACACACUGUUCUGCUGAUUUUGUGUAAUGUUUAUCAUAGCAUAAAUAUUCUUAGCAGCAAAUCACUCGUGGCCGACUAUUUAAAAUAUAUGUUCAUCAAUUAAAUUUAUAAUCACAACAGAUUAUGUGUAAUUGGAUUAAUUCAGCAAACAGGAAAGUUACUUAAAAUAUUUUUUUGUAGAGUAAAAUGUAUUGUGUUGAAUAUUAAAUCACUACUAAUUAUAAUACCAACCUGACACAAAAUCCAACACACUGAUAUCAAAACAUGUUUCCUCAUUCAUAUAGUGGACCCAAGGAAAAGUUUGUUUCAGCAACGUAAAAUAAAUCUGUCCCUUAAAAAAGGAAAUAAAAUUUUUUUGG